GGGAAGGGCGUGUCAGUUCCUCCCAGCUGGAGGCGGUAUUUAGGCUUUCCGGGCAGAAGUGAGAUUCUGCACCUGUACCGGCUACACUCUGUUGACUCCCGCACUUUAUUCUCGGCUGAGUUGGGGUCUUCCCUGCAGAGGUGCGCGAUGCAGAGGUGCGCGAUGCACAGGCUGCAGGUGGUGCUGCACCACCUAAAAGCCCAGACUGUUCCGGCCAGGCAGCUUCAGGUCUGGAGUGGCGCGCAGCAGGUGUCGGCCGAUGAUGUGGUGGUGGUGCACGGACGGCGUACGGCCAUUACCCGAGGGGGCCGCGGCGGCUUCAAGGACACCACUCCCGACGAACUUCUCUCGGCCGUCUUGACUGCGGUUCUCCAGGAUGUCAAGCUGAGCCCGACCCAACUGGGAGACAUCUGCGUAGGAAAUGUGCUUCAGCCAGGGGCUGGGGCAAUGAUGGCCCGAAUCGCCCAGUUUCUGAGUGACAUCCCAGAGACUGUACCUUUGUUCACUGUCAAUAGACAGUGUUCUUCGGGGCUCCAGGCAGUGAUCAGCAUAGCUAGUGGCAUCAGAAAUGGGUAUUAUGACAUUGGCAUGGCUUGUGGGGUGGAGUCCAUGACCCUGGGUGACAGAAUGAACGUUGGAAAUAUUACUUCACACUUGGAGAAGAAGAACGCCAGAGAUUGCCUGAUUCCUAUGGGGAUCACCUCGGAGAACGUAGCUGAGCGGUUUGGCAUUUCACGGGAGAAGCAGGAUAGCUUUGCUCUGGCUUCCCAGCAAAAGGCUGCCAGAGCCCAGAGCAAGGGCUGUUUCCAAGCUGAGAUUGUGCCUGUGACCACCACAGUCUGCGAUGACAAGGGCACCGAGAGGAGUAUUACCGUGACCGAGGAUGAGGGCAUCCGCCCCAACACCAGCAUGGAGGCUCUGGCCAAACUGAAGCCUGCCUUCAAGGAGGGCGGCUCUACCACGGCUGGAAACUCUAGCCAGGUGAGUGAUGGGGCAGCUGCCAUCCUAAUGGCCCGGAGGUCCAAGGCAGAAGAGUUGGGCCUUCCCAUCCUUGGGUUGCUGAGGUCCUAUGCAGUGGUCGGGGUCCCGCCUGACAUCAUGGGCAUUGGACCUGCCUAUGCCAUCCCUGUAGCCUUGCAAAAAGCAGGGCUGACACAGAGUGACGUGGACAUUUUUGAGAUCAAUGAGGCCUUUGCAAGCCAGGUGGUCUACUGUGUGGAGAAGCUGGGCCUCCCCCUGGAGAAGGUGAACCCCCUGGGGGGUGCUGUGGCCCUGGGCCACCCCCUGGGCUGCACUGGGGCUCGACAGGUCAUCACGCUGCUGAAUGAGCUGAGACGCCGCCAGAAGCAGGCAUAUGGGGUGGUGUCUAUGUGCGUGGGGACUGGAAUGGGAGCCGCUGCGGUCUUCGAAUACCCUGGACACUGAGCGAGGUGCUACCCAGACAGUCCUGCCCCAGUGGACAGAAAGCAACACUAUGGAGACGAUGCCACAUGGGAAAAUUCAGCACUGCUAGUGGGCCUCAUCGAUGAGCAGCAAGCUUAGUAAAUGUGGAUUCGCUUCU